UUUUCUCUCAUUUUUUUUUUCCAGUAAAUAUUAAUAAUAUCCCUUUGCAAUAUUAAUUUGAACUUUUUAACUGCAGUUCAAAGUCAUGUCUCUGUUUUUUCCAUUUUCAUUUUUAAUUUUUCAAAUUAAUCUCUGCUCUUCAUCCUCCUGCUUAUCUUGAUUUUGUGUUCUGGCAUUUGCCUUCAGACAAUGUAUGUUCGAUCUUACGAGACUAUGUGAUCUCAGAACGCAUGGAUGUCUGAUCGUGUUAUUGAAAAGAUAGAAUAUAGAAAUGGUGUCACAGGUUUCGUUAUUAGACUGUGAGCUUGCCCUCGGUCCUGAUAAUCCGGUAAACGAGGAUGGUCAUACCAGUGUGCCGUCAUCCUCUCAAGAAAAUGUUGCUCCACAGAUGCCUGUUAAGAAGCCGAGGCAGUGGGCUGCUUGGACUCGUGAUGAGGAAGAAAGCUUUUUUGCUGCUCUACGACAAAAUUUUGAGAAAAUCACUUGCCGUGUCCAGAGCAAAAACAAGGAUCAGGUUAGGCAUUACUACUAUCGUCUCGUGAGGCGGAUGAAUAAAUUGCUGGGCCCAGAACUUUCUCUUGAUGCCAAAAACUCAAAAGAUACGAAUGCUGCUAUGCUUCGAUGGUGGUCAUUAUUGGAAAAAUACAGCUGUAAACCCUCGAAACUCCAUUUGAAACCUCGGAGAUUCAAGAUAUUUGUGGAAACUCUGGAGAAUCAACUGAUGAAGGACCGUAAAAAGAAUACCAAGAAACGGCUUUCAACUGGAGAAAAUAAUCCUCCUGUUUCAAGCAUGCCAACCUCAAAUCAGGUCAGACCACCAGGGCAUGAUAACCGUUCGGUAAAAGCAGUUCUUGUCGACAGCCAAAACAUUCCAAAAGUUGGAACUGGAAAAGGAGCUUCAUUGAAGCGCAAUAUGCCUAUGGAAACCGGUCGUAACAAUUGCAAAAUCGACCCUGCUUCUGCCAAAGCUGCAAAACUACGGAGGAAAACAGGACUUGCAUCAGCAGCUGCAUAUAAAAGAUGGGAAAAGGCGGCAAUUGCUGGGGUUUCAUUGGUUGCUGAUGCUGCUGAACAUUUGGAAAAAGUGGACACCAACAAAGGAGGAGUGAAUUUUCAAGAAACGCCAGGACAUGAUGGCUCUCAACUUGUUCCGGAAGUGGCACAACAAACGACUCCAGAGAUCAAGUCGAAUGAGAAUAAUAGUAAUAACUCCAUGAAAUUAAAGCUCCAAUUGUUUCCUAUUGAUGAAUGUACCCGUAAAGCCUUAGAAAUGGAUAAUCGUAAUCCACAUCUAGAGCUAACUUUGAGUACACGAAAGAAAAUAUCAUCCAUAUUGGAACAUCUGAAUCGCAAAUGGGGCAGCUCAAGCUCAUCAAAUCAGGAGUUAAUGCUAUUACCUUAUUGGGCACAGAGAGAAAACCUUGUGGGCUACCAGAAGUGGACGAAGGACUCUAAUCUUUGUGCAGCUGAUGUCUAUUACUCAAUUGGUAGCCCUUUGACUUUCCGCCUCAGGUUGUAUUCUUGUAUUCCUUUCUCUCUAUAUGGAUGGUUUUCGAAAGCUGAGAUUGAAGCUGCAACUGCUCAAGUAUUGUCUUUUGCCAAUACUAAAGAGAUAAAUUCGAACAUUAGCACAGCAAAAGAGAAGAAUGCCGAAACUGAAAAUCCAAGUGGCCUCUGUGAUAAUCAGUUUGGUUCUGCCGAACGAAUCAUUAACAUGACACCCUCAUGUACACCGACUCCAAUUAAGGUAGCUGACUGUAGUUUUUCACUUAUCAACAAUAAUGCUUCCGGAAAAGCUAGUGAAGAUUUAGCAGUUAUGAGGCAAACUGCAAACAUGAAGGAUAUGCAUUUGUCUGCUGGUGAGUGGGCUGAUAGUCUCACCAAUAUAAGCAUGGGCGAACUUUUGUCCGAAUCCGAACACAAUAUAGACGCCAGCGGUGCCAAUUUUUCAAACCCUCGUGGUUCCAACUGUUUCCAGCAGAUCCCUUUCAGUUGCGAUUCCUUUGAUGCUGCAAUUGCUGCCCAUAUUUACAAGCACCAAGUAAGAGUCGACUCACAGCCGAGUCAAAGCCAAGGCAAUGGGUUCCAAGUGCCAUCCAUCUGGGAUGGCGAGGAGACUUGCGAUGCCUUUGCUUUCAAGAAAACAAGUUCUUUUCAUGAUAAAGACCCAAACGCUACUCGCAUGGAUAGCUCUGUAGAGGUGUUUGAGCCUGCUGGAGUUGCAUGUCCGUUGGCGCUUCACAAGGAAGUCGAGGAGUUGCCCAGUGUGGAAAUAUUGACAAAUAGUGAUUACUUAAUGGAUGAUGACUGUGGAGCCAAUCAUCCUUUAGAGAGUUCUAACAAGAAUUCAGAUGACUUGCUCAAUGUGGGAAAAUCGACAAAUAAUGGAGACUUGAUGGAUGACGACUGUGGAGCCAAUAAUCCUUUGGAGAAUUCUACCAAGGAUUUCGGUGCGCUUACGGAUAUAUAUUGGCCUGAAUCAUUAGGACCGUUAGAUUUGGACAUAACCCCAUGUAGAUACAUUAACAAUGAACUAAUACUUAGCGACAGUCUAGGCGGGUUGAACCGCCUCAUAGCAAACAGUUUGGACGGGUUUCAGAGCUGUUCGUUCUUUGGCCUAGACAAGAAAGGAGCUUCAUCAUCAUCCGAAGCUCGACAAAGUGUUACUUUCUCGAAUUUCAAAGUCGGCAGUGAGGUCGACUACUACAUAGGAGCGAUAGCGAAGCCAAACGGUAUAAACUUGAGCAGCCAAACGCCUUUCCUGAAUCACACCGGGAUGAGAGAUGGUUGGAUUGAAAUGCUGCUGGAUAGGAAAUUAGGAACGAAGUCACUCGACCAACGGGAGAGGGUCAAGAAGUCCAUCAAUACAUCUAGUGGACAACGAUAUUUAACAUUCUAUCUCAAGAAAGCCCUCUGUUCUCUCUCUUCUGAAGAACUAAAAGCCCAAAAUCUCGUUCUUAGCCCUCCACCCCCCCUCCCCUCUUCUCUUCUGCCGUCGACAGACACAACUCCCCAGUCCGAAGCCCCUCAGCUCCGGCCAUGGCCAAGGAAGGAGAAUGUUGUUACGACCUUUGGUCGAACGGGGCGGUCCCACCCUCUAGGUCCGCAGUUUUGGGCUUCUCCGGCACAACUAAAAGAGUUUUCGGUGUAUUUUUUGUGGAUGUUCCUAUGUGUCGCCUAUGGGGAUUGGUCAAACACAAUCCCGUGGCAGAAUCUCGUACAUGAAGAGAAGGCCAACGUCCCAUCAGACAACAUCCUCUUCUUUGAUUCCGUGAACGAGUAA